UUUAAUCUUGCAACGUCAUGCUGUGUGAGACAAAAUGAAAGAAAAAUUGUGUGUGUUGCCACAGGAUAUUGCACUAGGUGUCAAGUUUCCCUGUGAGUUCUAAUAUGAAUUUCUGUCUACACAGAUUGAUGCUACAGUAAUUGACUGUAUGGAUGAUGGAACUCUAUCUGAAUACAUUCCAACUUAUGGUGACCGAAUAGCAGCAAGACGCUUUUGCUUAGACCAAAAAGGCACAAAUCCCAAAGAUUCAAAAAAACAAUCCCUCCUUGAAAAACUAAAGAGGAAAAAUGGGCCUCGAAAGUAGUGAUGAAAAUUUGAAUCAAGCUGACACAAGUGCAACAAAACAGACAAGGACAAAUGCACAAUCCAAUAAAUGGGCUCAAAAAAAGACAAGACGAAUUGAGCUGGGGUGGAUUCAUGAUGGAAAACAAGUCAGGACACGCAAGGGAGGUGGAACAAGGACACUUGAUGUACCCAAAGACACAAAAAAAUCUUAUUAAUUAUUCCAGAGAAUUUUUUUCUCCAAUGGAAAAUGUAGAUUUGGAAGUUUGGACACAUUAAAUCAUGACAUACUGGACUUCCAGGAAGAAGCUGUGCUUGACGACAACAUUACAGUGGGAGAACUGUACUCAGUGGUCAGAUUAGGAAGGUUGAGAUUUUACUUUUCRACAACAAGUAAGAUCAACUUGGAGGGAGAGGAAUCUGAAGGAAAUGAUGUACAAACAACAGACUUAGAUGAAAAUGACCAAGAAAGUGAACCUCUUUUCAAUCUGUCAUCAGACUUGGAUGAAUCCGAAGUCACUUUCAGCCCAGUCUCAAAUGCAGAGCCUGUUCUAGGUGAACUUGAUGCCACCAUCAUCUAUCAGUUUGAAGGAGAUGAGCAAGACUUCAUACAUCUCUGGAAAUUCCAUCCACAAGCGGAACUCACUUAAGUCCCGCAUUAGAUGAUGAAGGAAGCACCAGCACAGCUUCAAAUGAAAUAGUGUCUAUCACCAUAAAACUACACAGGAGCAAUCUUCUUGAGGAGAUGAUAACACAGUUCAAGGAUAAAAUACUCCUUAGACAAACACUAAAAUUUUGUUUUAUAGAUGAAAAGGGAYCUGAUGCAGAUGGUGUCUCAAGAGAUGUGUAUACCACGUUUUGGACUGAGUUCAUGGACUGCAUCGGAGAAGGGGAGGAGGUAAGGGUUCCAUCAUUGCCUAACAGAUGGCAAAAACGAGAGUGGAAAUCCAUUGGCCGGAUACUACUUAAGGGUUUUAAAGAUCAUGGAUACUUUCCUUGUCGCCUUGCCCCUGCUUUUACAGUUGCUCUCAUUUUUGGUGAGAGUGAAGUGUCUGAGGAGAUGUUGUUUGAAAGCCUUCUCCUGUACAUCAGUCAGUCRGACAGAGAUCUUGUGAGCAAUGUCUUAAAAUCAGGCUGUCUAGAUGAGGACAGAGAUGAACUUGUUGAUCUUCUGGAUCGCUUAAAUGUAACAACACUUCCAACACAAGAUAAUUUAAAAGGACUCCUUCUAAACGCAGCACACAAGCACCUGAUCCAAAAACCAAGGUAUGCUGCAGAACAAAUGUCGUCAACUGCUAGCCACAUUUUGAAGGAGUCAUUUUGUAGUCCACAAGCUCUCCUCCAGAUGUACCAAGAAAAAAAGGCAACAACAAAAAGGUUUUUGAAGUUGCUAGAGGCCUCUCCUACUACUCAAGCAGAGAGUCAGAGCUUUCGUUUUCUACAGCAGUACAUAAGAGGACUGGAUGAUCCAGGACUUAGAAGAAUGCUAAGGUUUGUUACAGGUUCUGAUAUUAUCUGUGUAAACAAAGUUGAGGUGAUCUUCACGCCAGUAGAAGGUCUGGCAAGGYGACCUAUUGCACAUACUUGUGGACCAGCUCUGGAGCUUCCAUGGACCUAUGGUUCAUACCCAGAGCUUCGUUGUGAAAUGGACAGCAUACUGCUUAAUCAAAACUCCUUUGAGUUCAGCAUAGUUUAGGUCAAAUUAUGCCAUUUAGUACCAAAACCAAAAAAGAAGAAAAUGCAGAGAUAAUGGGAUUAAAACAUAAAYCCUGCAAUGCAUCAUUAUGGCAAAGGAAAGAAAAAUAAGUGAGRUUUUAAAUUAAAUGAAAAGUGCACAAUAUGCUAAGAAUUUUUUUCACAGUAAUGUUGAAGAGCUAACUUUUCUGAUUUCAGACCAGAAGUUUGUGUAGAGUUCGUAACACAAAUAUACACAGUUAUGUAACCAUAUGUUUUCAUUGUAAUUUUAUUUUUUUUACAUAACAUGCAAAACCUGUUGUUUUCACAGAGUGUGAAGGAUUUGAGUGUUUGAAGCACCGAGCACCUUUUUGGUUUCAAACUGAGUUCAUGUUUUUGUAGAGUUCAUAAAAGAAAWAUACCGAAUUAUGUAAACACAUGUUUUUCUAUGAAAUGUUUUUUCACUUAAUGUAAAACAUUUCUAUUAUGCAUCUGAGUAGUUGUUGAUUGACAKAAAAUAAACGUGUUUGCAAACAGUUUCAUCAAUUUGAUUUCAAUAUAAUUUUCUGUUGGAUAUUCAGCUUUGUAAUGGAAAACUGAACUCUUGAAGUUGAAGUAAUGGGCUAUAUAAUUAUUUAAUACCCAAACUAUUAAAACAAUGGUUAGUUUUUGUAAGUGUUGAAUGAAUAAAAUUGACGGCCAUGAAAUGCCACAUAUUUCAUUAUGUAAACCUAAAAUUCAGUAGACAUCAAAAAGCUAAAAAAAAAAAAA